GUAAGGCAGGAAGUCAGGGUGGGGGGCAGCUUUCGGGGCAGCCCGUCAGGGCCCCUGACUGGGAGGACGCCUUCCCUGGCCUUCAGGGCUGGAAUUUCACCAGAGCCCCCAGCGGCCAGGCAGGGCUCCUCCAGGUGGGCGCCCUUUGGCCCUCAACGUUCCCACUUGCCACCUCCCCCAUAUAAGUCCUGGGCCUCACGUGGGGGUUGCUGUGGUUGCCGUGGUGUGUCUGAUGGCAGGAGCCUCAGCCAGGGUCUGGGGUUGCUGCGUGGCGCUGCUGCUGCUGCUGGCUGCUCUGGGGCUGGGGCAGCGGCCACACCCCGAGCCUGGUCUCGCAGGCCUGUGGCACCGCUAUGACUGUGGGGUCAAGGGCAUGCAGCUACAGGUGUUCCCCCGGCCAGGCCAGAUGAUCCGCUUCAAGGUGGUAGAUGAAUUUGGGAACCAAUUUGAGGUAAACAACUGCUCUGCUUGCUACCACUGGGUCACCACCAAGCCCCUGGGACCUGCUGUCUUCUCUGCUGGUUACAAAGGCUGCCACGUGCUGGAGAAGGAUGGGCGCUCCCACCUGAGGGUGUUCAUUGAAGUUGUGCUGCCCGACGGUCGAGUUGAUGCAACACGAGACGUCACUCUGAUCUGUCCUAAACCUGGCCACACCUGGACUCCGGACACCCACCUGGCUCCACACACGGGCUUCUCCCUUCCCACCCCGCAGGCCCGGCCCCUCCACCCCACCCCAGAGCGCGGCCUUGUCCACGCAACCCCUACUUUGCUGUCCCUCAGACCUGGACCCACCACCCAUCCCACCCAGGCUCCACCCCAGUGGGGCACCCUGGAACACUGGGGGGGUUCUGAGCCACCUUACCCAGGUGCACAUCUGCCUCGGGAGCGGUGCCAGGUGCCCUCCGGGCCCAUCCCCUGUGGAGUGAGAAGAGGUUCGAAGGAGGCCUGCCAGCGGGCUGGCUGCUGCUAUGACAACAGCAGAGAGGUCCCUUGUUACUAUGGCAACACAGCAACUGUCCAGUGCUUCAGAAAUGGCCACUUUGUCCUGGUGGUGUCCCGGGAAAUAGCCUUGGCGCACGGGAUCACACUGGCCAGCAUCCACUUGGCCUAUGCCCCUACCAGCUGCUCCCCGACCCAGGAGACCAGGUCCUUCGUGGUGUUCCGCUUCCCUUUCUCCCACUGUGGGACCACAGUUCAGGUGGCUGGCGACCAGCUCAUCUAUGAGAAUCAGCUGGUGUCUGACAUCGAGGCCCAAACAGGGCCACAGGGCUCCAUCACUCGGGACGGCACCUUCCGGCUUCAGGCGCGCUGCGUCUUCAACGCCAGUGACUUCCUGCCGCUCCGCGCGUCCGUCUCCCCACGGCCCUCGCCAGCGCCCGUGACCCAGUCUGGGCCCCUGCGGCUCCAGCUGCGGAUUGCCCAGGACGAGACUUUCCGCUCCUUCUACGGGCCCGGGGACUACCCCAUCGUCAGGCUGCUCCGCGAGCCUGCCGCGGUGGAGGUCCGGCUCCUGCAGAGGGCGGAACCCGGUCUGGUCCUGCUGCUGCACCAGUGCUGGGCCACUCCCGGUGCCAGCCCCUUCCAGCAGCCUCAGUGGCCUAUCCUGUCCGAUGGGUGUCCUUUCGACGGGGACAACUACAGGACCCAGCUGGUGGCCUUGGACGGGGCAGGGCUGUCCUUCCCGUCCCACUACCAGCGCUUUACCGUUGCCGUCUUCGCCCUCCUGGACCCUGGCUCCCGGAGGGCCCUCGGGGGAUGGGUUUACUUCUUCUGCAGUGCCUCUGCCUGCACCCCUUCGGGGCUGGAGACGUGCUCCACGACGUGCAGCUCUGGGCCUGCGAGACGGCGAAGAGCCUACGCCCCCCACAGCAACGACGCCGAGCGCCAGAACCUCGUGAGCUCUCCAGGGCCAGUGGGCUUUGAGGGCUCUUACAGGCAGAAGCCUCCACCGGGGACCACAGGCUCCCCCAGGAACACCGACCAGAGGCCUCUGCUCUGGGUGGUCCUUCUGCUGGUGGCUGUGGCCCUGGUCCUCGGGGUCGGUGUUUUCGCGGGCCUUACGCAAGCCAAGCGCAGAAGCUCCAGGAAGACAACAGAGGGUGAAGGGGCUCAAUAAACCGCUGUCUCAGG